ACAAAACUAAAGAAGAAGAAGAACAUUGUGGUUGCAGCUAGCUAAUCAUAGGUAAGAUGACCAGAGGCCGGCUAUUUGAUUAGAUAGCUUAGUCUGCUGAAACAAUAAUUUGUGCGUUAUUUAAAAUCUAGGUACAUAUUACUUGAAAAGGAACGGCGCCAGUAUGGAAAUCGGGACGGAAAUAAGUAAGAAAAUACGGGCUGCAAUUAAGGGGAAACUGCAAGAACUCGGUGCAUAUGUGGAUGAAGAAUUGCCGGAUUACAUCAUGGUUAUGGUGGCAAAUAAGAAGAACGCACAGCAAAUGGCAGAUGAUCUUUCUCUGUUUCUUGGCAACAACACUAUCAAGUUCACUGUUUGGUUGCAUGGCGUUCUGGAGAAACUGAGAUCAGUGGCUGUUGAGCCGGCUUCCCUAAGGCCGCAGCAGCUGUACUCUGAUGCCAACGUCGAGGCCGGUAAGGGCCGUGCAUCGGGUGUGGAGGACAGGAGGAGGGAUGAGCUACGUGGCCUGACUGUGUCUAGCUCACGGUCUGACCGGACAGACGCUCGUGUCUCCACCAGCUCUGCCCAUGACCACCACAGUUCUUCAGGAAGCAAGGACUGUAAAGAGAGGAAUCUCCCCAGACUGACAUCCGCGGUAAAGCCCCUAAUGGAGCCCGCGUCUGCCGAGGCCAUCAUCGACAUCAAGCCUGAGCUGGACGAUGACCUCAUUGGCGAAGACCUCAUGGAGGAGGGUCCGCCCUCAGGCGGAGCCCGUGGCAAGGGGAGGGUCUCCGUGUCAUACGGCUCCAACCGGCCCUCGGCUGCACUUUACAGGCCCCCACAGGGUGGCCGGCAGUCCAGCGGGCCCGCGCGAGGCCCUGGCCAAGCCUCCGAUGGUCUGUACAGCUACAGGUCCUCUGAGGUCACUCAAGGGCAGAGUCGGUCUGCUUCAGCCUACAGCAGGGGACAGCACGGCUAUACACAGGAUAGUCGGGGGUCCCGAGGCAGCUUGGACAGAGCUCCCAGAGAGGAGGAGGGGUCACGCAAACGCAAAGCCCCGGUGGCCAGCUCCAUAGUCCGGGUCAACAGGGGCAGCGAUGAGGGGCAGGAAAGCGAUGAGUUUGAAGAGGAAGAGGAGGAGGAAGACGAAGGCUAUGCUGCAAGAAGUGGGGGUCUCUCCAGCAGAGUCUCCCUGCCGUCAAAACCGGAGCGCAGACCCUCCUUGCCCCCUGCAAAACAGGCAAACAAGAACCUGAUAUUAAAGGCCAUUUCUGAAGCGCAAGAGUCCAUCUCCAAGACAACAAACUACACAACAGUGCCUCAGAAGCAGAUGGUCCCGGUGGCCCCCCGCACGCGCUCCGGUGGCGAGGAGGUGAGCGCGGCGAUCCUGCUGGCUCAGGAGCACGUCCAUGCCAUGACCCCCGCUGGGCACCCGCACGUCCACACCCCUGCAGAGUCUCAGCCAACCAGGCAGCCAGUUCAGAGUAGAGGCCUGGGCUCCCGCCUCCAGUUGGACCUACCAGAAGACAGAGUGAGAGGACAGCAAGUGCUCAUGGUGGGGGAGGUGGGACUGAACCCCAGCGACACGCGCUCCUUCAUCAUGAGGAGGUCCGAGGCAGAGGAGGCAGGAUCUGUUCGCGGUCGAUUGGGUGGGCUGAUCCGGGAAGAAGCUCCGCCCACAGCGUCCCGCACAGUGCAAGCCAGUCGGGAUGGGGCAGAGACUGUGGGCAGCGCCAGCCCUAAGUUUAUCGUGACCCUGGAUGGGGUGCCCAGCCCCCUGGGGAACCUGGGCGAGGGAGAACCCGAUGUUGAGGAAAGUGCCAAAACAGUCAAGUGUUCGGUCCCAGCCAGCUACCUGGAGAGAAAGCCGACGCCCAGUGUACACCAGAGACUACAAAGGGAACUCCAGUACCCUGACGAAGAGGAGGAAGGUGAUGUGGAAGAGGACGGAGGUGUUCCGGUAAAGAGGCAAAAGGUUCUAGAACGCUGCAAGUUCUGGCCAGUGUGCAAGAGUGGGGACGAGUGUGUGUACCACCACCCCACAGCUCAGUGCAAGACCUUUCCAAAUUGCAAGUUUGGAGACAAAUGCCUCUUUGUCCACCCUAACUGCAAGUACGAUGCCAAGUGCACAAAGGUGGACUGCCCUUUCACCCAUGUCAGCAGAAGAGGCCCUGCCCCCCCACCCAGAAAGGCGCCAGCCUCAUCCAGCAGCGUGUGCCGGUUCUUCCCAGACUGCAAGAAGGUCGACUGCCCAUUUUAUCACCCAAAACCCUGUAGGUUUGCAGGCCAGUGCAAGCGGGCAGGCUGCCCCUUUUACCACCCUGCACUUUCUGUGCCUCCCAGACAUGCCCUCAAAUGGACAAAAACCCAAAACAGUUAAUCUACUGGGAAUACGGACAUCGUUUUGUGAGCUGUGAAGAAAUUGUGAACGUCGCAAUAUGAUCCUGUUACAGUCCUUUGAUUUGUUUGUCUUUUCCUUUUUUUGGUUGUUUUUUUAUUUCUUUUAAAUUGUGAACUUUUCUUUUUUUAAAGAUGGAAGGAAACAAAUCUUUUAUAAAGAGCUGUACAUUCAUAAUAAUGGCGCACAUAUUAAAAGUACUUCAGGUCAAGUGAUAUUGACUCUUUGCGUCAACAUGCUUAAUGAUGUUUUGUUGUAAUGAUGGCAUACAAUUGACCAAUGGCACAUAAAUACUUUCUGUACACUUCCAUUAAUUAUUGAUCUUGAAUUUGUUCAAUACUAGUGAACGUGAGAAACUUUUAUUUCCUGGUAUUUUGUAUCUAGAUUUGUGAAAAAACUUAUACAUAUCACCUUUUAGAUUAGACCACCCAGGUUUUAGGUGAGCAAACGUAUUGGAACAUGUGACUGACAGAUGUUUCUUUUUGCCCAGAUGUGUCCUGUUUGAUUGACUGGUUAAACAAUAAAUAGUUCUGAAUGUCUACUCUU